AUGAUUGCGACUGGUGGAUCUUAUGAGGACGAAAACUUGAUCAAAAUAUGGGAUGCGAAGACACACAAGCUCAUCAAAAUUCUCAAAGGACACACAAGUGCAGUGGGGUGCCUAGUCUGGACCGCAGAUGGAAAGACAAUUAUCUCCGGGUCAUUCGAUUCCUCUAUUAGAACAUGGAAUACCACAACAUGGCAGCAGAUCGCCGUUCUGUAUGGGAACAGCAGUAUCAAUGAUAUUUCAUUAUCUCCAAAUGGCCGCAUCCUCGCGACUGCACCGACCGACGAGACAGCGCACUUGUGGAACCUCGAGAACGGCCAGCAUAUCAGUUCGCUCCCUCAGCCUAAUAGUCAAUCUCAUUCAUUCCUUGCGAUGGACCGCGUAUCAUUUUCGGCCGAUGGAAAGCUUCUAGCCGCUGGCUGCAGUGACAACAAUACUUACAUAUGGGACAUUUCUGCAAUUCUUAAAGAAGCUGGCCUCGAGAAUCUUCUGUUGGAUCAAAAUCUGCAGGACAAGGCGUUACCACUCAAUGAUGAUGCUACACGACGUCCUGUGAAGCGACACCAUGAUGCCCAUCGAGUACUCCCAGGAUUUUUCGACGACCCACCAGGUCGUUCUCACCCGCUCCUCUGCAUGGAAGCACCCUUUUUGGCCGCUUUCCCUCUUUAUUCCGCCGCACCCAUUCCGACCCCUGCGAUAUCUCUGGAACGCAGUGCAGACCAGAUGGGAAAACGCAGGAACGCUUCUGCGCGAGAGAAACGGAGGCCAAUUCCAUUGAAGCCGAAAAACGCUGCUGCAGGGAGCUCGCAGCCUCCCAAGGCCAAUGUCACACAACAACCUAGUGGUGCAGCUCACCCUCAGUCAUCUUUGCAAUCACUGGCUACUGUCUCGCCAUCCACCACACCUGUUGUCGCCGCUACUUCCGCAGCUACGACGUCGACGACUCCGCCUCCUCAUGUCACCAUAAAAUAUGCUGGACGCUGGACUCGAUUUUGGCUUUUCAUCUGUUGUGCUUCUCCUGAAUAUACCGAAGGCGUCAUACACCUACCAGGCGGAGAGCGGGUCAUUACUUGUUCAUGGGAUGGCUCGCUCCGAGUAUGGAACUUGGAGAGCGGGAAACAGAUUGGGGACGACUGGCGGGACGGAGACAUCAAAGUGUGGACCAUAGCGUUGUCCCCGGAUGGGAAGAAAGUGGUCAGCGGGAGUUUUGACGGUGCAAUGAGGUUGUGGGUCAUCGACACAGGCAAGGUCAUCGCUAGAUGGAUAGGGCACACAAACAUCGUGACUUCUCUCUGCUGGAGUCGAGAUGGUCGGCGAGUAUUAAGCGGAUCUCACGAAGGGACUACGAGGGAGUGGGACGCGGAGAGUGGGAAGAUCAUCCUCGGUCCAUUCGAGACCGGUUACGAACGCGUGUGGGUAGUUGUCUACUCGCCAGACACAUCCAUGAUCGCGAUUGGUGGAUCCUGCGCCAAGGACGGAAAUACCAUCAAAAUCUGGGAUGCGAAGACACGGACGCUUGUCGCCACUCUCAAAGGACACACAAGUAUGGUGGAGUGCCUAGUUUGGACUGCAGAUGGAAAGUCGUUUAUGUCCGGGUCGGCCGAUUGCUCGAUUAGAACGUGGAAUACCACAACAUGGCAGCAGACCUCCGUUCUGAAUGGGAGCACCAGUAUUCGUACCAUUGCAAUAUCUCCGAAUGGCCGCAUCCUCGCAAGCUUACCUUCCGACCAGACAGCGAGAUUGUGGAACCUAGACAAUGGCCAACCCAUCACAGAUGGAAAGCAGCUGGUGACUGGCGGCGGUGACAACAACAUGUACACAUGGGACAUUUCUGCAAUUGUUAAAGACGCUGGCCUCGACAAUCUGUUGGAUCCAAAUCCGCAGGGUGGUGACAAGGCGUUACUUGAUGAUGAUGCUACACGACGGCCUGUACCGGCGACGCCAUCAUUCCCUAUCGAUCGCCUCCAGGUUUUUUCGACGACCCUACCAGAUCGUUCUCACUUCAAUCCACGAAGUCGCUCCUCCCGGACUGCAGUUCAUCCUCGUGCCGAUCUAUCAUCAACACCGCAUGGAAGCACACUUCUUGGCCGCUAUUUCUCCUUAUUUCGCCGCACCCACUCUGAUACACACGAUGCGCCAUCCCGAUCCCGCUCUCUCGACUGGGCUCGAGACCUUUUUCCUCAGCGCAGAGGAAAUGGCGAAAGAAUUGAGCUGCAGGAGCAACCAACAAUGGUCGACUGUUCCGUAUGCACAGGGAAAACGCGUACGUUUCUUUUAUUGUUGGGCUUCAACUUCAGCCUCAUAUCAUACAGAGGAACGCUUCCGCACGAGAGAAACUGGAGGCCAAUUCCAUUGAAGCCGAAAAAUGCUGCUGCAGGGAGCUCGCCACCUCCCAAGGCCAGUGCCACGCAGCAAUCUAGUGGGGCAGCUCACCUCCAGCCCUCUUCGCAACAACUGGCUACUGUCGCGUCAUCCAGCACACCUGCCGUCGCCGCUACUUCCGUUGCUACAAUGUCGACCACUUCGCUUCCUAAUGCAACCAUAAGACAUGCUGGACGCUGGACUCAGUUUUUGGCUCUUUAUCUGUUGUACUUCUCCUGA